AUGGAGAAGAAUAAACAUCAAAUUUUCCUCAAUUCCAUUAACACCUACAUUGCUGCCUCGAUCGAUAGUGGUCCCGGUUGCUUGGGUUUGCGUUGCCCCGAGCCCAAAUGCAAACCCUAUCCAGGCCUGGAAUUAAUCGACUCGUUGGCUUCCGAUUAUAAUAAAGGCAAAUAUUAUAAGUAUCUUCUCGGAUCCUACGUGGAGGGUUGUUGGAAUCUGAAGUGGUGCCCUGGCCCUGGAUGCAAUCUAUGUUGGAAGGUGGAUUUACGGGGCGUCAUUAUUAUGCAGGUACGAAGAGGACGAGAGUUUGACGAAUACGAGGAAAAACUGAAGAGGUACAUGCAUUACUACGAGAGAUGGGCGGCCAUCCACAAGUCGAGGGAAAUCACAGCGGGCAACCUCAAGUGGGCGAAAGACGAGCGUAUUUGUGUUGUAGCCGAAAACAACCAACAACUACCCGGAGAUGGAGUGGAAUUGGUGAUCGAAGCCUUUGAGCUGAUAAUGGAAAGCAGGACCGCGUUGAAAUGGAGCUACGCGUACGGCUAUUACAUGCCUUGGCGCGCCAAUUCGGCAAAGUUGGCCUUUUUCUUGUUCUUGAAAGGGCAGGCCGAGCGCGUUCUCGAGACGCUUCACCGUUGUGCUGAGAGGGGGGUUGAAAAGUACUCGAAAACCGAUUUUCAUUUGUACGAAUUUAGGGAUUUUACAGAUGAGCUGAGAGGCUUGACCGAUUUGACGAGGAAUCACUUUGGGGAGUUGGUUCGAGCGUUGGAGAAUAAUCUUUCCGAAGUUACUGAAGUUAAGAACCUGUCAAAAAACCACCAGCUCCUUCUAAGAGACGGACGCGCUGAACAAACCCUACGUUUUAUAUUUACGUUUAUUCCGAAUCUGCAAAACUUAUUACUUAUUGCCAAUAGUAUAUAUGCAUUCUAACUUUUACCUGUGAUGCACUCUUAGUACGGGAAUAUUUCGUAAUUAAGUAUUCUAGGACAAAAAAUUUACUAUAGGACAAUAAUUUUACUAUAUGAAUAUCAUUUUUUCCGGCCCGGGAAUUAAUUACUGUUGAAGCAUCACGCAGGGGAGUUG